AUGUCAAAGAAAAGUCGUGCCAAGGGAGAGAAGUCCGACAUGGAGAUUGAAACCCUGCAAGCUGCUAAUGAGGAGCUACGAACUAAACUAACCAACAUCCAGAUAGAAUUUCAGCAAGAAAAAAGCAAGGUGGGUAAAUUGAGAGAGAAAAUCCAAGAGGUUAAGCAGGAAAGGGAGCAGGAGCAGCACAAGCACACCGCCUAUGUUUCUGAGCUGAAAGCCAAGCUCCACGAGGAGAAAAUGAAGGAACUUCAGAGUGUCAGAGAGCUACUGAUCCGGCAGCACGAGCAGGAGGUAGCGAGAAUGGUGAAAAUUAAAGAUGGAGAAAUCCAGCGUUUGCAGUCGACAGUCAAUGUUCUGCGGGACGGGGCGGCUGACAAAGUGAAGACGGCGCUGCUGAGUGAAGCAAAGGAGGAGGCUCGCAAGGCGUUUGACGGUGAACGGAUGAAGCUGCAACAGGAGAUCUUGGAGCUGAAAUCUGGCAAAAAGCAGCUUGAAGAAGCUUUGAACAACAUUAUGCAGGCAGAUAAAAUGAAGGCUGCUGACCUGCGCAUGGCUUAUCAGUCCCAUCAGGAUGAGAUUAAUAGAAUAAAGCGGGAAUGCGAGAGGGAGAUCCGCAGGCUG